AUGGAGACGGCCAUUCGCUGGUCUCCAUCCUCGACCACCGCGGAGCAACGCUUUCUCUCUGUCGACGUGACGGGGAAGGCCUUCCGACUGUGCAAGGUGACCGCGUUCGACGGCCAAACUCUCGAUCAUGAGGUGCUGUCGACGCACACGAAAGUGCCUGCCUUUCGCGCCUUCGAUUGGUCGCCCGUCGACGAGUCGCUCGUGGCGGUGGGCCAGUCGUCCGGCGACGCGACCAUCUUGCGCAUGAACAGCGAGUCCCAGGAGUCGUUCUCCUUCCCCAUUCGCCACCAGCGUUAUUGCAAUGCCGUUGCCUUCAGCACGCAUGGCUUGCUGGCGGCCGGCCUGGAUCGCGUGCGGAAUGACUUCUGUCUGAAUAUCUGGGACGUGAGUCAGCGGCUGACCAUGAAGGGCGCGAAGGGCUACGUCGAACCGCUGCGGAAGCUCGCCAGCUCUGAACCCAUCACAAGCGUGAAGUUCUUCCGGGAUCAACCCGACACCUUGGUCACCGGGGUCAAGGGUCAAUAUGUGCGCAUCUAUGACCUGCGCGAGGGACCGGGGAACCCGUCGCUGCAGUUCCCUACCCGCUGUGUGCAUAAUCUGGCCAUCGACUGGCUGGAUGAGAAUUAUAUCGCCUCGUGCUUGACGUCGAAUGAUCCGACCAUCUGUAUCUGGGACCGUCGCGUGGGAUCGCGAUAUACGUCGCCUAGCGUGGGGCCUGCCAAUACCCUCGAGACGGGCCAGGCUGGACCGGCGCUGGAGUUUUCGGAUGUGGUUGCGCCAAAGUCGUCGAUAUGGAGUCUUCGGUUUUCGAGGACGAAGAGAGGGUGUCUAGGCGUCUUGGCGAACACGGGUCAUUUCAAGACCUACGAUAUCGCGAAGGAGUAUCUGUCCGAGGAAUAUCGGUCGUCGAUGGAUGAGACUCUCGGUCAGGGAUCUUUGAAAAACUACCCCGAGCAGAUCUACACGAAGCAUGUUCGCGAUGUUUACAGCCCGUUCAAUCAUUCCUCGCGCAGCUAUGCGGAGUCCGAAAGAGUCGUGUCUUUCGAUUUUCUCAAUAUGAGUGCCUCCAACGAGCCCAGCGCCAUCACGUUAUCCGGAAACGGUCAGAUCAGCAUCGCGACGGCGAAACCGCCCCCGCCCCCGGUUCGUCUAUCUUCGCAAGGCUCGCUGAUCUAUGGGAGUUCCGACGACGAAUCGGAUUUCAGAGUCAUAGGCCCUCUGUCAAGUCCGGGAUCAAGCAUCUCAGAGGUGGUUGAAAGCCUCCAGGACCGCAUCUUGCCAGACCCAAACAAAGCCGGAGAUAUGUCUCGUGAGAGUCGCCUAGUAGCCCCGGGAAAGAAUUCUACAAAACCGCUGUCAAGUCGGGAAGCGCGCGAGCGUGCCCUGUCACUGGGGGCGGCGGGCGAGCCGCUAACGGCUGAGGAAGCGUUGACGCUGCUCACUGUGAACCGGAUGCGGUGCAAGGAAGGAUAUCUAUUUGACGAUUCGCGCAAUAAGAGGAUAGUGGCGGAUGAUCCCUGCCUUCCCGGGUUCUGGGAUUGGAUCCAACGGGCACGUUCCGACUCUUCUAACGAUUCAAUGGUUAUGAAUGACUUGGAUUUGAGUUAUAUCGGUGUGUGGGAUAUAUGGAAUAAUGAUUUAGGCGAGAGUCUUGAGAAUCGCAGAGUUGGCCCCGACAGUAGCUCCGAUGUGAGUGAGACUGUUGUGGAUCUGGUCCGAGAGACACUACACCUGCCUGAAACCAAGGGCUGCGAAACAGAUUAUGCAGAGCACCGCCGGCUUUGCCUACGGCUUUGUGGGGCAGCGCAAUCCCACCGGGAAUUGGAGGACACGGUGAAGACAUUAGCGGCCGAGAAUCAGCACACCAAAGCGGCUGCCCUUGCUGUCUUCCAGGACGAAGCCAAACUGGCCUAUCUGGCGCUGCGCAGUCAUUCGCCUACCCAGGCCCAUAAGCUGCUUGCCAUGGCGAUUGCGGGCGCCGCUAAAGGUGACACAGACUCGGACUGGGAGGACACCUGCGCCGAGAUUGCCAAAGAGCUCACGGAUCCCUAUGCACGGGCUAUCCUGGCACUGGUGAGCAAGGGAGACUGGAAGUCCGUCAUUCAAGAAACGACGCUACCUCUAAAGUAUCGCAUCGAGGUGGCCUUGCGGUGGCUACCCGACGACGAACUCACGCCCUACCUAAACGAAACGACAGAAGAAGCCAUCCGACAAGGUGACAUCGAAGGCAUCGUUCUCACCGGUCUCAGCCAUUCCGCCAUGGACCUCUUCCAAUCAUACAUCAACAAAUUCAACGAUGUCCAAACCCCCGUCCUGGCCAUGAGCCACAGCGUCCCGCGCUUCAUCAAUAACCACCCGAACCGCUCCCGCUUCGAAACCUGGCGCGAAACCUACCGCUGGCAAAUCAACUCCUGGAAACUCCAACUCGAGCGCGCCCGAUUCGACGUCGGAUCCCGUAAAUUCGCCGUCACCUGGGACGGACAGAAAUUGAUCGAGCCGCCCCGACAACAAGUCAGCCUUACCUGCAACUACUGCACGCGCCCUCUCACCCAGCACGACGCCUCCUCCCAACUCUCCCCCUCGGCCACGGGCGAAGUCGUCCACCCCACCCCUGGAAACCCCCUCGGGACAGCCGCCAUGUCCGGCAUGAUCUGUCCCCGCUGCGGUCGACACAUGCCUCGCUGCGGUGUCUGCACCCUGUGGUUGGGAUCACCCGAUCCCAUGUCCAAGGCCUCCAUUGCAGCUGAUGCCGGACAGGAGCCGCGUCGACCCACCGAGACAGAGCUGAUGCGUCGUUUCAUCGUGUUCUGCAUAAACUGCAACCAUGGAUUCCAUGCACAUCAUGCACGAGAGUGGUUCGCCAAACAUAAAGUCUGUCCAGUUGCGGAAUGUAGCUGUAUUUGUGAUCGGUAG